CGAACAAAAAAGAAAAAAAAAAAAAAAGAAAAAUGGAUCUUCAAGAUCUGUUAGUAGCUUGUUUCAUUUCCCGUUGGUCAGGCUGAUCGAUCUCAAUUUCCUUUCCCUCCUUCUCUCUCUCGAUUUCUACUAGUAGCAUUUUAUCUGUACAGGAACCCCAGAAAUUCCUCGUUGCAUUUGUUGAACUCAAGCUAACGGAGCCUCAGCCAUGGCUUUCAUGGCGGUCUUAGAAUCCGAUCUUCGCGCCUUGUCUGCUGAAGCGCGCCGGCGGUAUCCAGCAGUCAAAGACGGCGCAGAGCAUGCCAUUUUAAAGCUUCGUUCACUAUCAAGUCCUAGUGAGAUUGCACAUAAUGAGGACAUUCUACGGAUCUUUUUGAUGGCUUGUGAGGUCAGAAAUAUCAAGCUGAGUGUAAUUGGACUUUCAUGCUUACAAAAGCUUAUAUCCCAUGAUACAGUUGCUCCAUCAGCUCUAAAGGAGAUCCUUUCUACUUUGAAAGAUCAUGCUGAAAUGGGAGAUGAGAGUGUUCAACUGAAGACCUUACAGACCAUAUUAAUAAUAUUUCAGUCACGAUUACAUCCGGAGAAUGAGGAAAAUAUGGCUCAAGCCCUUCAUAUAUGUCUUCAGCUUCUUGAAAACAACAGAUCCUCUGACAGUGUGCGGAACACUGCUGCAGCUACCUUCAGACAGGCAGUAGCUUUGAUUUUUGAUCAUGUGGUUCAUGCAGAGUCUCUUCCUGCAAAAAAAUUUGGUUCUGGAGGUCAUAUUUCUCGAUCCAGCUCAGUUACUGGUGAUGUUAGUCGCAGCAUCAAUUAUUCAGCGUCGUUGGGGCAUGAACCUGCUUCUGGAGAGAAAUCAUUGAUGAGGGAGAUCCUAACAAAUGCUGGAAAGCUUGCGCUUCGUUUACUCGAAGACCUGACAGCUCUCGCUGCAGGUGGAUCUGCAAUUUGGUUACGUGUCAGUUCCCUUCAACGGAUAUUUGUCCUUGAUAUACUUGAGUUCAUCCUGUCAAAUUAUGUUGUUAUUUUCAAGACCUUGAGUCCUUACGAACAGGUUAUGCGUCACCAGAUAUGUUCACUUUUGAUGACUUCACUUCGUAUCAAUGCUGAGAUUGAAGGAGAAGCUGGAGAACCGUCUUUUCGCCGGUUGGUCUUGCGAUCAGUUGCACAUAUUAUCAGGCUAUACAGUUCAUCCCUUAUUACUGAGUGUGAGGUGUUCCUUAGCAUGCUUGUGAAGGUUACUUUUCUUGAUCUGCCAUUAUGGCAUCGUAUUCUGGUGCUUGAGAUCUUAAGGGGUUUUUGUGUGGAGGCUCGGACUUUACGCAUUCUCUUCCAGAACUUUGAUAUGCAUCCUAAGAACACAAAUGUUGUGGAGGGUAUGGUUAAAGCUCUUGCUCGUGUUGUUUCAAAUUUACAGGUUCAGGAAACAAGUGAGGAGAGCUUGGCAGCUGUUGCAGGGAUGUUUAGCAGCAAGGCUAAAGGAAUUGAAUGGAGUCUGGAUAAUGAUGCAUCCAACGCUGCCGUCGUGGUUGCUAGUGAAGCCCAUGCAAUAACUUUGGCAGUUGAAGGACUGUUGGGUGUCGUAUUUACUGUAGCUACAUUAACAGAUGAAGCAGUUGAUGCUGGCGAGCUUGAAUCUCCCAGAUAUGAGUAUGAUACUGCAGCAAAAUUUACUGGGAAAACUGCUGUUCUUUGUAUUGCAAUGGUUGAUUCAUUGUGGUUGACCAUUCUUGAUGCUUUGUCCCUUAUCUUGUCGAGGUCACAAGGAGAGGCUAUUGUGUUGGAAAUAUUGAAGGGAUAUCAAGCAUUCACUCAGGCUUGUGGGGUUCUUCUUGCUGUAGAACCUUUGAACUCUUUUCUAGCAUCUCUUUGCAAAUUCACUAUUAAUUUUCCAAUUGAAGCAGAAAAGAAGAGUGCAGUGCUGUCCCCUGGGUCAAAACGUCCUGAGUCACUAGUUGAACAGAGGGACAGUGUUGUCCUUACUCCCAAAAAUGUGCAGGCCCUGAGGACUCUCUUCAACGUUGCUCAUCGGUUGCACAAUGUUUUGGGGCCAUCAUGGGUUUUAGUUUUGGAAACUUUGGCAGCUUUAGAUCGGGCAAUCCACUCACCACAUGCCACCACGCAGGAAGUCUCCACGGCUGUCUCAAAGCUUCCUAGAGAAUCUUCUGGCCAAUACAGUGACUUCAGUGUUCUGUCUUCUUUAAAUUCCCAGCUAUUUGAGAGUUCAGCAUUGAUGCGCAUAUCUGCAGUUAAAUCACUUCUUUCUGCACUGCGUCAAUUGUCACACCAAUGCAUGUGUGAUGCGUCAGGUGGUUUUGGCCCAGCAGUGAAUCAAAAGAUUGGAAGCAUCAGUUUUUCAGUGGAAAGGAUGAUAUCCAUUCUUGUCAAUAAUCUUCACAGAGUAGAGCCACUGUGGGAUCAUGUAGUGGGGCACUUCAUGGAGCUUGCUGAUAAUUCUAAUCAGCAUUUGCGAAAUAUGGCCUUCGAUGCAUUAGAUCGAUCAAUAUCUGCUGUUUUAGGUUCUGAACAGUUCCAGGAUUACAUGCAAUCCAGACUCCAUGGGGUAACUUAUGAUAUGGAAACUAAGCAUGCAAAGUUGAGAUCGCUCGAGUGUUCUGUCGUAUCUCCACUUAGGGCUCUUUAUUUUUCCACUCAAAAUGCAGAUGUUCAUGCUGGCUCCUUGAAAAUUCUUCUCCAUAUUUUGGAGAGGCAUGGAGAAAAAUUAUAUUACAGUUGGCCAAAUAUUCUUGAAAUGUUAAGGUCUGUUGCAGAUGCGCCAGAGAAAGAUCUUGUCACCUUGGGCUUCCAGAGCCUACGAGUCAUUAUGAAUGAUGGACUCACAUCUAUACCCACUGAGUAUCUCCACGUAUGUGUAGAUGUCACUGGAGCAUACAGUUCUCAGAAGACUGAGUUGAAUAUAAGUCUAACAGCAAUAGGCCUCUUAUGGACCACAACUGAUUUUAUUGCAAAGACGCUUCUAAAUGGACCUCCAGAAGAAAAGGAAACCAGUGUCCUCGAUGAGCAUUUUAUUUUGAGGCAAACAGAUGGUGAAUCAAAGGAAGAACAAACUCUGGAAGUAACUGAUAAACCUAAUGACCAAGCGUCCCCAAUAAAUAUAACGGAUCGUGACAAAUUGUUGUUCUCUGUAUUUUCAUUACUUCAACGGCUUGGAGCUGAUGAGAGACCAGAGGUCAGAAAUGCUGCUGUCAGGACACUCUUUCAGAGUCUCGGAAGUAACGGGCAAAAACUUUCAAAAAGCAUGUGGGAAGAUUGUCUUUGGAAUUAUGUUUUUCCUGCUUUAGAUCAAGCUUCGCACAUGGCUGCAACGUCAUCAAAAGAUGAAUCACAAGGGAAGGAACUAGGAACUCGAGGAGGAAAGGCUGUUCAUAUGCUGAUACAUCACAGUCGUAACACAGUACAGAAACAAUGGGAUGAAACACUUGUGCUGGUCCUUGGUGGAAUAGCACGUCUAUUACGUUCUUUCUUUCCAUUUCUCAGUAGCUUAAGCAAUUUCUGGUCAGGAUGGGAAUCUUUGCUUCUCUUUGUAAAGAACAGUAUUUUAAAUGGUAGUAAAGAGGUUGCUAUUGCUGCUAUAAAUUGUUUGCAGACAACUGUUGUUUCUCAUAGUCUCAAGGGUAAUUUGCCAAUGCCUUAUCUUAACUCCAUAUUUGAUGUAUAUGAGCAUGUACUUCGAAAAUCCCCAGACUACAGUGAUAAUGCAGCUAGCAAGGUGAAGCAGGAGAUUUUACAUGAUCUUGGUGAAAUGUAUGUGCAAGCACAAAGGAUGUUUGAUGAUCAGAUGUUCUCUCAGUUGAUUGCAAUCAUAAAUUUGGCCGUUAAGCAAAUCAUAGCUACUAAUGAUAACUUCGAAAGUGAAUUUGGACAUGUUCCACCUGUGCUGCGUACUAUAUUAGAAAUCUUACCGCUAUUACAACCAGCUGAGCAUAUCUCGUCAAUGUGGCUUGUACUUCUUAGGGAGCUUUUGCAAUACCUGCCAAGAUCAGAUUCUUCUUUAACAAAUGAGGAUGUUGAGGUUAAGCACACGGCCAUUAGUAAUAAUGUUUCAGGAAAGAAAGAAACACCUAAUGGUACAGCUUCCAUUUUGCCAAAAGAAGUUGAAACUCCACAUCAGGGAUCAGAAUCAACAACUUUGUUCAGUGGGAUCCCAAGUUGUGUGUUUGCUGAAAAGCUUGUUCCUGUGAUAAUAGAUCUUUUGCUACAGGCUCCAGUAGUUGAAAAAUAUAUUAUAUUUCCAGAAAUUAUUCAAAGUCUUGGAAGGUGUAUGACAACGAGAAGAGACAAUCCAGAUGGGUCACUUUGGCGAGUCGCUGUUGAAGGCUUCAAUCGUAUUCUUGUUGAUGAUUUUUGCAAAUUUCAUAUGAACUCUGGACCAGAUUCGAAAAUUAGUAGACUUGCAAGAAUGCGUGUAUGGAAAGAAAUAGCAGAUGUUUACGAAAUAUUCCUUGUCGGUUAUUGUGGUCGUGCCAUCCCUUCCAACUCAUUCUCAGCUGCAGCACUUAAGGCUGAUGAGGCACUGGAGAUGGACAUUUUGCACGUUUUGGGUGAUAAGAUUCUUAAAUCGCCAAUUGAUGCACCUGUUGAUAUUCUGGGGCGACUAGUUUCCACCAUGGAUCGUUGUGCAUCACGUACAUGCUCUUUGCCUGUUGAGACCGUGGAGCUUAUGCCAUCCCAUUGUAGCAGAUUUUCCCUGGCUUGCUUGCAGAAAUUGUUUUUCUUGAGCAGUUUUAACAAUGAAGUGAGUGAUUGGAACUCAACAAGAUUGGAAGUGAGCAAAAUCUCACUCAUGGUUCUUAUAGUUAGAUGCGAAGACAUCUUUAACAGAUUUCUGAUGGACGAGAAGGAUCUAGCAGGUGAACAUCCAUUACCAGCAGUGAGGCUUGAAGAAAUUUUCUACGUCCUUAAAGAACUAGCUCAUCUGAGAAUACAUCCAGAUACAGUGCCUGUUCUUCCUUUGCAUUCUAAUUUGAGAAGUAUCCUGGAAGACAAGGAGGAUGAAAACAAGCAUCCCCAUCUACUCGUGCUAUUUCCCAGUUUUUGUGAUCUUGUAACAACCAGGGAAGCAAGGGUGAGAGAGUUGGUGCAAGUCUUGCUAACACUCAUCACCAGAGAACUGGCGCUUGAAAAGGUUAGUUUUGGCAGUUGAUACACGGAAAAUUGCAAUCUUCAAGGGUGAGUAAUUCUCAUGGAAUUCCAUGUUUAUAGAUAUGAUUUAGGGAAGGAAUAUUUUUUGUCCUCCAUUUUGUAAUGUUGCAUUUUGUAGAUUUGUACAUGAUAGGGUUUUGUUGUAUUUAAAUCACUGCUUUCAUCUCAAGAUGGAUCAGAAUGAUAGAGCCAGUUUUUAGUUUGUCUUGCGCUCUAUCAAUGGUGUUGGAAUAAUGUAUACAGUUGUAUUCGUAACUCAUCAGUAGCAUAGAGAUCAUUCAUUGGCAGCUCCUUUGGAUAGAACUACAUAUAUGAUUUUUGAGGUGGAUUUGGAAUCACCUGAACAUUAAAUUUUCUGAUGUUAUCAUGCA